CAUAUAAUAAAACCGUGCUAUUAAAAGUUUACAGUACAAAUAAUUUUGAUAUUCAUAUAUUUGUUAAAAUCAUUGAACCUGAACAUCCUAGCGUGCAAACCGCCCUGCGCGUGUAAGUGUGGUUAUCCAGAUUUCGCAGAUUACCAACGCAGCCCAAUCAACCAAAAUUAGUAAAAAUCCGGUGAAAAUUUGUUUGUUACGCACACCCCAGCAUUGUAAUGAUGCCGCCACGCUCGGAGAGUCCAGUGCGUCGAUCUGCAAACAAGCGCAAGAGUUCAACUCUCGAGUCCAUUGAGGAGAACGAGACGGUACGCUCUUCCUUGGAUCUGUACAACUGCAAUAAGCUGAGCAUAGCCAAUGCCUGGGAUAUAUCGUUGAUUGAUACACUGGCCAAUCUAAUGGAUAGCCCUCACAAAAAGCUAAGCAGCUUCAGGAUGGCUGGCUCUUUGCUGCAGGUCUUGUGCAAGGUCUACGGCCUGCGUGUAGACUCCAUCUACAUCGAUGCAUGUCGUAUAUCGGCGGGUUUGAAUGCUCGCACCUUGACGGGCUUACCUGAGGGACCUCCAGGUGAUGGCGAAGAAAGGAAUUUAUCAACGUUGGCAAAGAACAAGGAAAAGUUGAAUGCGCGUUUGGAUAUGGUACCCAUGCAGGACCCUAUAUUUGCAAAGCUCAAUUCGACGGUGGGCUCCCUCGAUGCCCCCGAUCGAAUGAUGCGCAACAUUCUGCCCAGCGUGGACUUUGAGAUGCGGCUACGCCCGACUUACAAAUUCUUUGAUGACACCGAGGGGACGGAUGAGCUCAUGGAUAGCGAAACGCUGAGUGCUGGCGCCAAGGAGUGGCCCGAUGAAGAGUUGUGCAAUGCGGAAUGGCUGCACAAACUGUACAACCGUACGGAUGAUCUAAAUCUGCGGCCACUCCACACGGGUUAUGUGAUAACCAAUCCCAAUACCCCCCCUAACCAAGCCACAGUCGGGAUCUAUUUCAGAGGCGGUCCCUUCAUAUGAUGACGAUG